AAGGCAAGGUCACCCCUUCCGUGUUUUCCGUCCGGAGGUGAGCGUGGACCGGGGCUGCCCGGGCGGCGGUCUCGGGGCGGGGAGUCGGGGCAGCCCCGGAGGCGGAGAGGCUGAGGGCGGAGGCUCUCCUGCCCCGCGAACCGUCGUUAUGCCUUCUCAGGACUUUGACGUUCCCCGGAAGGAGCAGGAGAAAAUGACCAGGUUUCAGGAGGCGGUGACCUUCCAGGACGUAGCUGUGGUCUUCACGGAGGAGGAGCUGAGGCUGCUGGACGCUGCCCAGAGGAAGCUGUACCGGGACGUGACGCUGGAGAACUUCCGGAACCUGGUCUCCGUGGGUAAGGCAACACAGUUGGAGGAAGAAGAAAACCUGUGGAUGAUGGAAAGAGAAACUCUAAGAAAUGGGAAUUCCAGCGAGCACCACAUGGCUGUUCUGUCAGGCAGCAAGGAUCAAAAUGAGCUGGAGAUUCUUCAGAAAGUUGCAUUCAAGUACCUUUCACAUGAAAAGCUCUUCUGGCAGAUCUGGAAACAGAUUGCAAGUGAUUCAACCGAGUGCCUUCAGAGGGAGAGUUCCCAGUCCCCACAAGGCAGUUCUGAGCAGACCUCUGGGAGUGGGAGCAGUGCAGGGAAUCAUGAAGGAGGCGGCGCCUGUUGUGUUAAAAAUCAAGACUGUGUCAGUGUCGAGGCUGCUCGUGAGAAUGUACACCUGAGGGAGUCACAGAACCGGAAUGCAGGAGAAAAGUCCCACAGGUGUGACAGCUGUGGCAAGGGAUUCAGUAGCAGCACAGGUCUCGCCAUUCACUACAGAAGCCACACUGGAGAGAAACCUUAUAAAUGCGAAGAGUGCGGUAAAUGCUUUAGCCAGAGCUCCAACUUCCAGUGCCACCAGAGAGUCCACACUGACGAAAAGCCAUACAAAUGCGAAGAGUGCGGCAAGGGCUUCGGCUGGAGUGUGAAUCUUCGUGUUCAUCAGCGGGUCCACCGGGGGGAGAAGCCCUAUGUCUGUGAGGAGUGCGGGAAGGGCUUCACGCAGGCCGCCCAUUUUCACAUCCAUCAGAGGGUCCACACUGGGGAGAAGCCUUACAAGUGUGAUGUCUGCGGGAAGGGCUUCAGCCACAACUCCCCACUGAUAUGCCAUCGGAGACUCCACACUGGGGAGAAACCCUACAAGUGUGAGGUGUGUGGGAAAGGCUUUACUCGCAACACAGAUCUUCACAUCCACGUUCGGGUUCACACAGGAGAGAAGCCCUACAGGUGUAAGGAGUGUGGGAAGGGCUUCAGUCAGGCUUCGAACCUUCAAGUCCAUCAGAAUGUCCACACUGGGGAGAAACGAUUCAAAUGUGAAACGUGUGGGAAGAGCUUUAGUCAGUCUUCAAAGCUCCAGACCCAUCAGAGAGUCCACACCGGGGAGAAACCCUACAAAUGCGAUGUGUGUGGCAAGGGCUUCAGUUACAGUUCCAAUCUGAAACUGCACCAAGUGAUUCACACCGGAGAGAAACCGUACAAGUGCGAGGAGUGUGGGAAGGGCUUCAGUUGGAGAUCAAAUCUUCACGCUCAUCAGAAAGUCCACUCGGGAGAGAAGCCUUAUAAAUGUAAGGAGUGUGAUAAGAGCUUCAGCCAGUCCAUAGAUUUCCGGGUCCAUCAGAGAGUCCACACUGGGGAGAAACCGUACACGUGUGGCGUGUGCGGGAAGGGCUUCAGUCAGUCCUCCGGCCUCCAGUCUCAUCAGAGAGUGCACACGGGGGAGAAGCCGUACACAUGUGAUGUCUGCGGCAAGGGCUUCCGGUACAGCUCGCAGUUCAUAUACCAUCAGAGGGGCCACACUGGGGAGAAGCCUUACAGAUGUGAGGAGUGUGGGAAAGGUUUUGGGAGGAGCUUGAACCUUCGCCAUCACCAGAGGGUGCACACUGGCGAGAAGCCCCACAAGUGUGAGGAGUGUGGGAAGUCCUUUAGCCUCCCCUCCAAUCUCAGAGUCCAUCUGAGUGUGCACCUGAGGGAGAAGCUCUUCAAAUGUGAGGAGUGUGGGAAGGGCUUCAGCCAGAGUUCACGCCUUCAGGCCCACCUGAGAGUUCACACUGGAGAGAAGCCAUACAAGUGUGACGUUUGUGGGAAGGACUUCAGUCACCGUUCACGUCUCUCGUACCAUCAGAAAGCCCACUCCGGCAAGAAUCCCUGAGAAUGAGGAAUGUGUUCGUGCCUUCGGUCAGGUUGUGCAUCUAGUGUUUGGAGAGUCCGUGCUCGGGAUAAAACCCUAUAAUGUAUCGAGAGUGGAAAGGGGUUUCUUCACUUGGAAUCUCAUAAGUCCAGGAAUAGGACUGAUAUUCAGGGGAGAAAUGUGUUGUAACCCUCUUGGUAAAAUCCAAUCGAUGUAAAUGAUCUUUCAAAAUGAGUACAAGCCAAAAAAGAAUGUGUGAAAAGGAUAUUUGCCAUAUACAAGGUAGUUUGGGGGCUAACAGGGAAGGUUUUGGAUUAUUUUCUCAUGAACUUCCAAUUUGUAUGUACUUACAGUGACCAUUAUUUUUUUACUAAAGCUUAAAAGUUAUGAAAAAUGAAUAAAGUAACUUAAAAAAUUACCUGUAGUCAAGGACUCAUAAUAUGAGUGCUUUAUUUCAUACAGUAUAUUGGAUUAAAAUUAGGAAUAUAUCCCCAGAGAUGAGUCUUUGUUCUUCCGAAGUGAAUUUGUGUCUGCUGCAGAUAUAUAUAUAUAUGAACAUUAAUUGCAUUAUUGAUUAUAAAAACACACAUAGAAAUAAUCAUUGUCAAAAGUGUUUUACAAUUCAUUGAUCCAAAGGAACUCUAUGCAAACAUCAAAUGGGAGAAGGUAAAUUUGUAGUAAAAGAUGUUGGAUGACGUCCAGAAUAUAUUCAUUUGGACAACAAAUCUUGGGAUUUUCAUUUGAUCACAUU